UCCCCUCACUAAGCAGGUGCACAGCUCCAUUAUGUACACCCCAAACACAUAUAUAUAUAUCAGAUUAAGAUGUGUUGUUUAUGCAGUUGUAGUGAUUGUGAUUGUGGCAGUCUGCUAAAGAUGGAUCCUAUUUAGGGGAUUGGUACACACACACACAAUUGGGUUAUUUUCAGAUGUUUUCUUUUGUUAUGUUGUGAAUUUGGUCCUGAUCUCUCUCUCUCUCUCUGAGGUGGUGCUUGAGAUCAACAUUCUCAUGGAGGCGCGCCCAUGAGAGGGUUGCUGAUGAGGAUCUGGUGUGCGCAAUCAGCCUCAUUGGAGCAAACCAAAUGAACUGAAGGGAGGGGGGGAGGUUGGGAAGGAGUUAUUUUGUUGAUUUAUUUGUUUAGUUUAUUUGUCUAUUUGUUUAGUUGGUAAAGAUUUAGUACAUCUGUUUGGUGUAACAUUUAAAUAUGUUUAUAUUGUUUUGUGGGUGAAGGGUGUAAGGACUUUGUAUCUGUAAAUAUUGUAUAUUGUAAACUUAAAUAUCACCCCUUUUGAUGUUGCCAGUGGUAGGGGAUGGGGACUAUAUAUAUAUGGGGUGUUGGUCCUUGUUUUUUGGCUUGUCUACCCUGGUGUCUGUACCUGUUUCCAUGCUGCAAAGAAGUAAACGACAGAGCUCUGUUGCAAUUUGGGUCCUGUGCUUAUUCUUGCUGGCUGUACAGCUCAGUAGCCGCUGCCAAUCCUGGUGGAGUAAGGGACAGCGUACCAUCGAAACCUUACAUUUGGUGUCAGAAGUGGGAUACGGCGCUGCUGUUCUGAGUGCACACCAUACGGAAGUGAACAUGGGCCCCAAGCAUCAUCAUAAGGUCGUCAAGAUGGGUGAAGCUGCACCAGUGGAGAGCCGGGAGGAGGGUGCUACAGGGGGGCCGCCUGUAGGUUUGCAGUCCGGGGAGGAACCACCGGUGUCAGCAGAUAUGAACUCUAUUUUCAGUAUGGUGCAAAGAUGUCUUCAGUUCCAGAGUGACCUGAGAGAAAGGUGGGACAGAGAGACUGUAAAACAAGAACAGAGAUGGCGGCAGAUGCAGGUGCAAGUCAAUAACCUCAGAGACGAGGUAGAGACACAGCAGAGAGUUGAACCUCAGCCCCAGCCAGGGCCCUCUUCACAGCGGCCAGCCGAGCCAUUCCUUUCAUCCCCGGCCAGGAGCGAGCCAGCAGCAAGGGGCUGGGCUCAGACAGCUGUUCCCAAGUUGGAGGAGGGGGAUGAUAUUGAACAGUAUUUAACCACCUUUGAGCGCCUGGCAGCAGCUUACCAGUGGCCAGAGGUGGACUGGGCUGUGAGAUUGGUGCCAUAUCUUACUGGCAAAGCCCGUGCAGCGUAUGUGGCCAUGGCUGCUGAUGACACAUUGGACUAUAAAAUGGUGAAAGAGGCCAUUUUAACAAAAUAUGAAAUCAAUGAAGAAGUGUAUCGACAACGGUUCAGAGAGCCUGACAUCCAGCCUGGGGAGACCCCGCGGGAGUUCUACAAUCGGCUCAGAGACCUGUAUCAGAAGUGGAUGCAGCCUGAGAAGAAAACCAAGGAGCAGGUUGGUGAGGUUCUCAUUCUUGAGCAGUUCUAUCGCUCCCUGUCUCCGGAACUCAGAGUGUGGGUCAAAGAGCGCAAUCCAACUUCUGCACGAGAGGCAGCUGAGCUGGUGGAGAAUUUCCUUGCUGCUAGACGGGGGCCAAAGACCUUCCGGUAUGAUCUGCAACAGAAGGCCAGUGGCAUGCAGGGUAAGUCUGUGGGGCCAGGUGUGGGCGGUGGUCUGGGUCAAGUCGCAGGGUCAGUUAAACAUAUAGAAAAAAAUGUUGCCCCUAGUAAGCCUAAGCCUUCAGGGAAGUUACCUGUGUGUUAUUUCUGUGGCCAGGAGGGACAUAUCAAGCCAGAGUGUCCAUCCAGGAAAGCCAAAUCCGCCUAUUUAUGUACUUUGCCACGGCCAAGCCAUGCAGAGGUUAAGUGUGAGGGUAAACAGCAGCUGACAGAGGUUAACAUUAAUGGGAAGCCAGCCCAAGCACUUUUAGACACAGGUAGUGAACAAACAUUAGUACACCCCUCAGUGUUAAAUGACCAGUGCCUGUUGGGGGGCCCAGGCCUUGAUAUUUCUUGUGUGCAUGGGGAUCACCGGACCUAUCCAACUGCAGCAGUGUAUGUAGAAGUGGCAGGCCAGACCUAUCUGUUAACAGUGGGGGUAGUGAGAAAUUUAGCCCAUCAGGUUAUAUUGGGUCAGGAUAUUCCCAUUCUGCAGGAGUUAGUCCAGUCAUGCAAGCCAGUCUGUGUGGUAACAAGGUCUCAGAAGCAGGCUCAGGAAGUGUGGGAGGGGGACAGUGCAGGGAGCCAGGUUGAGCCAGACAGAGUGAGGCAAGGCCAGCGGCAGGUUUCCCUGAAUCCAGUUCCUGUUGAGCCGAACCCUUUUUCAGAGUUGCCCUACUUUGAGUGUGACAUGCCUAAUCAGAGCUCUGCUAAAGUAAGGAAGAGCAAGCGUCAGAGAAGACAGGAGAAAAUGUCAGGCACGGCCAGAGUGGGGUCAGUGGGGUGGCCAGAUCUGGAGGGAUGUAAUGUUGACUUGCCUGGGGAUUUCAAGCAGUUGCAGGGACAGGAUGAGACCCUACAGGGUGCUUUUGAGCAAGCAGUGUCAGUGGAGGAGGGUCAAGCAGCCGGGGACCCAGAUAGGGAAGGUUAUCUCCUCAGGGAGGGGUUGCUUUUUCAUAAAUCUAGAGAGGUUGAGGCAGAGAGGUUAGUUGUGCCCCGGGUUCUCAGGGAGCAGGUGCUGAAGCUAGGCCACAGCAUUCCAUGGGCGGGACACUUGGGCUUCAGAAAGACCUAUGAGAGGAUUGCCAGCAGGUUUUACUGGGCAGGUGUUCACAGGGAGGUGCAGGAUUACUGCCAGUCUUGUUCAGUGUGUCAGCUGUCAGGAGGCAAAAAUGUUCCCAAGUUUCCACUGCAACCACUCCCCAUCAUAGAUGUCCCCUUCAGUAGAAUAGCCAUGGAUAUUGUAGGGCCACUAGAGAGAACACAGGCAGGGAACCGGUUCAUUCUGGUGGUGUGUGACUACAGCACCCGUUACCCAGAAGCUUUUCCCCUCAGGGAUGUCACCGCAAAGCAGAUAGCCUAUGCACUCCUCCAGUUGUUCUCUAGGGUAGGAAUCCCCUCAGAAAUACUGACAGACCAGGGAACCAACUUCCUGUCAAAUACUCUUAAGCAGGUCUACAGGAUGUUAGGCAUUAAGAGUAUCCGGACCACCCCCUACCACCCCCAGACUGAUGGCCUGGUGGAACGGUAUAACAGAACUUUGAAAAGCAUGCUUAAGAAGUUCAUCUCAUCCAAUGGCAAGGACUGGGACAGGUGGCUGCCUUACCUUCUUUUUGCCUAUAGGGAGGUGCCGCAAGUGUCGACUGGGUUCUCACCAUUUGAGCUUUUGUACGGCAGGCAGGUGAGGGGCCCCCUUGAUGUUCUUCAGGAGGCCUGGGUCAGCCAAAAGGCCGGGAGCUCAAACAAUGUGCUCGCCUAUGUCCUCCGGAUGAGGGAGAAGAUGGAGGAGGUAACCAAGAUGGUGAGGAAGCGGAUGGAGAGAGUGCAGCGUGGCCAGCAAACCUGGUAUGACAAGGGUGCCAGGGAGAGGUCCUUUGAACCGGGCCAGCAGGUACUUUUGCUUCUUCCCACAGUGGAGAACAAGUUGCUGGCAAAAUGGCAGGGGCCAUACUCCAUUGUCAGGAAGCUUAGCUCCACCACCUAUGAGAUUGAGAUGCCGGAGAGGAGAAACCCGAGGCAGGCAUUUCACAUCAAUCUGCUGAAGGAGUGGAAAACCCGGGAACCUCCACCCAGUCAGCAGUUGUUUGUCCGGGCAGUGAAAGAGGAGGAGGAUGCGGAGGGUGAGUUCACACCUACGAUUCACUCUACUGCCUCACUUGAUCUCUCUCAUCUCUCUCUGACCCAGCAGCAGGAGUUGGAGGCCAUUAUCCCACCAGAUCUUUUCCAGGAGAAGCCAGGAACAACAGAUCUGGUGAAACAUGACAUCCAUUUGAAGGACAGCACCCCCAUCAGGCAGAGAAUGUAUCGGAUUCCGGAGAGGAUGGUCCCAGUGCUGAUGGAGGAGAUUGAGGUCAUGCUGGAGCUGGGUGUGAUAGAGCCUUCCACCAGCGAGUGGAGCAACCCAGUGGUUCUGGUAAUCAAGAAAGAUGGAAGCAUUCGCUUCUGCAUCGACUUCAGAAAGGUAAACGCCCAAUCUGACUUUGAUGCUUAUCCAUUACCAAGGCUGGAUGAUCUCAUAGAGCAAGUGGGCCAAGCCAGGUUCAUCAGCACACUGGAUCUCUGUAAGGGAUACUGGCAGGUUCCCCUUACAGAGGCUGCAAAACCUCUCACUGCUUUCAGAACUCCCCAGGGACUGUGGCAGUUCACCAAGAUGCCUUUUGGACUCCAGGGGGCUCCAGCCACAUUUCAGAGGCUGAUGAACAGGGUCCUGUCAGGUAUGGGAACAUUCUGUGCAGCUUACCUUGAUGAUAUUGUCAUCUACAGCAACUCAUGGCAGGAACAUCUCACCCAUCUGAAGGAGGUCCUGCAGAGGAUCAAGCAGGCUGGCUUGACAAUCAACCCCCGGAAGUGCGCUUUGGCAAGGCAGGAGCUCCAGUAUCUUGGCCACAUUCUGGGCGGGGGUGUCAUCAAGCCAGUGAAGGACAAAGUGGUGGCAGUCAAAGCAAGAGAAAGACCAACCACCAGGAAGCAGGUCAAAUCCUUUCUGGGCUUGGUGGGGUGGUAUCGACGGUUCAUCAGGGAUUUCUCUGCCAGAGCUGCACCACUUUCUGAUCUCACCAGUACAGCCAAGACCAAGAUUGUCUGGGGAGAGGAACAGGAGAGGGCAUUCCAGGACCUGAAGGAGGCUCUGUGCCAGGAGCCUGUGCUCCAGAGCCCUAACUUCAGCUUGCCGUUCACUGUCCAGACGGAUGCCUCUCACAGGGGAAUCGGCGGUGUGCUUCUGCAAGGAGAAGGAGAGGACAACAAGCCGGUGGCCUACAUCAGUAGGAAACUCUUCCCCCGGGAGACCAGAUACUCAGCCGUGGAGCUGGAGUGCUUGGCCGUCAAGUGGGCAAUUGACUCCUUCAGCCCUACCGGUUCUGCAUCCGCCAUGUACCAGGGAAGCAGAACACCGUGGCUGACUUUUUGUCUCGCAGCGAGCACCGCGAGCCAUCCGAAGGGGAGGGAAAUGUGAGGGAGCUGCAGGCAUCCCCUCACUAAGCAGGUGCACAGCUCCAUUAUGUACACCCCAAACACAUAUAUAUAUAUCAGAUUAAGAUGUGUUGUUUAUGCAGUUGUAGUGAUUGUGAUUGUGGCAGUCUGCUAAAGAUGGAUCCUAUUUAGGGGAUUGGUACACACACACACAAUUGGGUUAUUUUCAGAUGUUUUCUUUUGUUAUGUUGUGAAUUUGGUCCUGAUCUCUCUCUCUCUCUCUGAGGUGGUGCUUGAGAUCAACAUUCUCAUGGAGGCGCGCCCAUGAGAGGGUUGCUGAUGAGGAUCUGGUGUGCGCAAUCAGCCUCAUUGGAGCAAACCAAAUGAACUGAAGGGAGGGGGGGAGGUUGGGAAGGAGUUAUUUUGUUGAUUUAUUUGUUUAGUUUAUUUGUCUAUUUGUUUAGUUGGUAAAGAUUUAGUACAUCUGUUUGGUGUAACAUUUAAAUAUGUUUAUAUUGUUUUGUGGGUGAAGGGUGUAAGGACUUUGUAUCUGUAAAUAUUGUAUAUUGUAAACUUAAAUAUCACCCCUUUUGAUGUUGCCAGUGGUAGGGGAUGGGGACUAUAUAUAUAUGGGGUGUUGGUCCUUGUUUUUUGGCUUGUCUACCCUGGUGUCUGUACCUGUUUCCAUGCUGCAAAGAAGUAAACGACAGAGCUCUGUUGCAAUUUGGGUCCUGUGCUUAUUCUUGCUGGCUGUACAGCUCAGUAGCCGCUGCCAAUCCUGGUGGAGUAAGGGACAG